AUGUAUUGGACAGACUGGGGGGAGAACGCCAAGCUGGAGCGCUCUGCCAUGGACGGCUCGGACCGUCUGGUUCUGAUCAACAACAACCUGGGCUGGCCCAACGGCCUCGCCAUCGACUCCACCGGGGGGCAGCUGCUCUGGGCAGACGCACACACAGAGCGCAUCGAGGCUGCGGACCUGAACGGCCAGAACCGGCGUACGCUGGUGUCCCCAGUGCAGCACCCGUAUGGCCUCACCCUGCUGGGGCCCCACCUCUACUGGACCGACUGGCAGAGCCGCAGCAUCCAGAGGGCCGACAAGGCCUCCGGAGCCAACACCAUCACCGUGCGCUCCAGCCUGCCCGGACUCAUGGACAUCCAGGCUGUGGACCGCCAAGCCCCUCUGGGCGUUAACAAGUGUGGGCGUAACAACGGGGGUUGCUCCCACCUCUGCCUGCCACGCCCCAACUCCACCUCAUGCGCCUGCCCCACGGGCAUCGUGCUGCGGGCCGACGGGCGCUCCUGUGACGCCUCCCCGGAGACCUUCCUGCUGUUCUCUAACCGUGUGAGCGUGAGGAGGAUCUCCCUGGACACAGACGACCACACCGACGUUCACGUGGACGUCCCCGAGCUGCACAACGUCAUCUCCCUCGACUACGACAGCCUGGACGGCAAGCUGUACUACACCGACGUCCACCUGGACGUCAUCAGGCGCUGUAACCUGGACGGUAGUGGGAUGGAGACGGUGAUCAGUCAGGGCCUAAAGACCACCGACGGCCUGGCAGUCGACUGGGUCGCACGCAACAUGUACUGGACCGACACCGGACGCAACACCAUCGAGGUGGCCCGCCUGGAUGGCACCAGCCGCAAGGUCCUGGUCAACAACAGCCUGGACGAACCCAGGGCCAUCGCUGUGUUCCCCAGCAAAGGGUACUUGUUCUGGACAGACUGGGGUCACAUCGCCAAGAUCGAGCGAGCUCACCUGGAUGGGUCGGACCGGAAGGUUCUGAUCAACACUGACCUGGGCUGGCCCAACGGCCUCACUCUGGACUACGACACGCGCAGGAUCUUCUGGGUGGACGCUCACCUGGACAGGAUCGAGAGCUCUGACCUGAACGGGAAGCUGCGUCAGAUCCUAGUCAGCCCUGUGUCACACCCCUUCGCCCUCACACAGUUGAAGCCGGUGUCCUCUCCUCUAAUCCCUUUCUCCCGACUCUCACAGCAAGACCGCUGGCUGUACUGGACGGACUGGCAGACUAAGUCCAUCCAGCGAGUGGACAAGCACUCAGGCCGUAACAAGGAGACAGUGCUGGCCAACGUGGAGGGGCUCAUGGAUAUCAUAGUGGUGUCUCCCCAGAGACAGAGUGGAACAAACCACUGUGGGGCGAAUAAUGGAGGGUGCACUCACCUGUGCUUCUCCAAGACCAACACCUUCGUGUGCUCCUGUCCUGAUGAAGCAGACAGCCGACCCUGCUCCACCAUCUCGGGGUACGUUCCCACCUUGCCAGACAGAGGCACCACCAGCACCCCUGCCCCCCCAAACGUCCCCCAGGUGCCCACAGAUGCCCCCCCCUCGGGGCCCCCCCGCUGCUGCACAGACAAAAGCUCUGGAGUGGAGGGCUGUUUACAGAGCGACGUGGUGACGGCCCCACAUGGGGAGGGCCUUCACAUCAGCUACGUGAUCGGUGGAGCUCUGACCAUCCUGUCCCUCCUCAUCCUCAUCGCUGCCUUCAUCAUCUACAGACACAAGAAGUCUAAGCUUGCGGACCCAGGGGUGAGCAACCUGACCUACAGCAACCCCUCCUACCGUACCUCCACCCAGGAGGUGAAGAUCGAGGCGCAGAAGCCGCCCAUGUACAACCAGCUCCGCUACAAGAAGGAGGGGGGCGUGGAGGGGGGCUACAGCAGUGAGAAGAUCCGCAUCGUGGAGGGCGUGUGUCUGCUGUCCAGCGAGCAGCUGUACUGGGACGACCUGAAGCAGCUGCGGACGCCCCGGGGCGGCGGGCUCCACGCCUGCAUGCGCACCGACACCGUGUCCCUGCAGGCCAGCAGCGUCUCUCUGGACGACGGGGAGACGGAGCAGCUCCUGCAGGAGGAGGCGUCUGAGUGCUCCUCCAUUAGCACGCUGCCUCCCAGCUGCUCCACGCCACACCGCCACGCCCAGCACAGCCUGCCCGACACCAGCUGGACCGCCGCUCGCAAGCCCUCCACGGAGAGCGAGGUGUGAGGAGGGCCCGCGCCCUGCUGACCCCCGCACACACACUCAUAUACACACACAUACUCAUAUACACACACACACUCACUCAUACACACGUAAAAAAACAUGCGUGCACACACAUACAUGAAAGAAUACAAAUUUCUACACGCAUACAAAUACAUGCGCACAUAUACACACAAACAUGCACAUGCGCGCACACACAUGCACAUAUACACACACACACAAACAAGCGCCUGCUUUAAAACAUAUAUACAUUUUACUGUAGACAGACCUAUCUAGAUCAGCACAUACAACUACAUACAAUAGUAUUAUUCUGUAGUUAUGUAUUAGAUGAUUCAGACAUAAACACAAGUUAGAGGUACUCUUACUGUAGGUACUAGCAAACAAACGUGAUUACAACUUUAUUCAAACCUGCAUACUUACAGUCAAUACAAGCCCUACACACACACACACAAACCUGAAAACUUCUGUAUCUCUGAGCUCUGGACUCCUCGCUCACUCUCUUUCUCUCUCUCGCUCUCUCGCUCUCUCUUACACACACACAACUGUAUUGUAAACACAUACAAUAUAUACAUAUAAUAAAUACACACACAUUAUUAUCACAUGAUCUGCUCUCUGCUACAGUAACUGCUAACUCCUUAAAACAAAAGACUUCACUACCAGUUCUGAUCAUGCUGGAACACAAAUGCAAGAGACUUUGAAAAGGAACCGCAGAAAAAAUUCUGGAGCCUUUCUGAUGACAAAAGCAAACCCCUUUGAGCGAGAGCAGCUUCCUUGUGUAUAACAGAAGCAUUUUUUGUGAACUUUUUUGACAAAGAAAAAAAAGAAAUUGAAAGAAAAAAAACAUUGUACUCCUGGACUACAUAACAGCAGCUUCCUAUCCUAAUGCCUCACAUCGUCGCUUGUGUUUUCAUGAACUCUAUUUAUGAUCUUUUGUACUUGAGUGAGUUUGCUGAUCUUAAGAACAGUUAUGCUUUAGAACAGUACUGAACGACUCAGUCAUCCAUGGUGAUAUUUAUGACAGUGCCAAAGGGGGGGGGGGCUUCCACAUGUCACUUCCUUGCUCAUCUCCUCCCGGUAACGGACCUGCUGGGACACUCACGCGACCGCUGCACCUGUCCUUUAGGACGGUCGGUUCCCGCCGCCACCAAACCAACCUGGGACUCAGUAUCCGCUACUCCUGACUAUAUGUGGUUCCUGAAGUCGCAUUCAUUUGAAAUCAAGAGUAAAAGAUUAGAAAAUGUGUGUUGUUAAAAAAAUAUAUAUCACUGCAAUUAUACCAUCCUUUCUGGGGUGGACGUCUGUCUCCAUGAAGUAUAAGUGCCAAACAUUUGUUUCGAUUUUCUUUUUCUCUAUUUAAUUUAUAUUUUUUGGGAGGUUUUUAAAAUGUGUGUGGCAUUCUUGUAAGCAUUCUGAUUAAAGUAGAGCUACCAUAUCUGAAUCUGUGAAGCGGUGUGCACUUACAGUACGUUAGAUAAUCGCAACACAGUGUAUAUCUAGUACAGUGUCUUCAGUAACAUACCGAUGGCGUUUGGGAUGAUAUAGCCUACAUUCAAAUACUUUACACCUGCUUAACUAUAGAAGGGUUAUAGCCUAGAAAUGACCAUUUAUCCAGCAUGUAUUUCAUUCAAGUUGCUUUUCUAGAGGGCGGUGUGUUGAGAAGCAUGCAUGUCUGUGUGAUGAAGAUGAUGAGGGGGGAAAGAGUGUUACUGUGGACAGAUGUCAGUUUUCAAACCCACUUGUCGUGAAGUAAUUUCUUCUAGUUCAGCAUCACGCUGAUUCGCUGCUAGAUGAGCACGAAGGCCAAUGAGGAAGGGUCUUGGCAGCUACUUUCCCUGAAGUCUCUGACGAUUGGCUGAGGGCGGGCAUGCAGAGAAUCAGAUUAACAAUCCUCGCACACAGUCCCACCCACUCAACUAAAGUUGCUAAACAACUGUACAGAUUUACCAUUCAUACACAGAUAAAAGCAAACAUUUGUAUUUGUUGAAGAUAUUGUGUUGAUUUUUUGUUGUAUAGUCUUUUGUACAAAGGGAUUUCAAGAUUGUUUGACUUGUAUUAAUUUUACUCACUGGAGAAGAUUUUUUUUGCUGGAUUAUUGUAACCACUGUUUUCUAGUCUUGUAAAUGAUAGGGUUGAUGCCAGUUAUUUAAUAGUUCUCUUUGUGUUAUGAAAUAUUGUUCACAUAUAACUGUUGUAAAGUUAACAAAAAGAGAUAUUUAUGAUUUCUUUGUUUGGUUGUCACUUAAUGUGUAAAUAUGAAAAGACUGUUUAUGUAUUUCCAUUGUAGUACUAACAAACGGUGUUGUGUGAUAUAGUAAACUACUCCUUUGCUAUCUUUUAAUAUAAAAUUGCAUUUGCAUUUCAACGAAAAUAUGACACUUUUGUACCCGAUCUCUUCAUUUAAAACACAAGACUGUAUAUAAAGAUGGACGUCUCCACAUCCACUAAA